AUGAAUGCUAGUGGCCCAGGAUAUCCGCUAGCCUCCCUCUAUGUGGGCGACUUGCACCCGGAUGUAACCGAAGCCAUGUUGUACGAGAAAUUCUCGCCUGCUGGACCAAUUCUGUCCAUCAGAGUUUGCCGAGAUGUCUCCACACGCCGAUCACUAGGUUAUGCCUACAUAAAUUUUCAACAGCCUGCUGAUGGUAAGUGAGUGAGAACUUCUUCUAAACUCUCAAAUGUUGUAUUUUGUUUGCAUCAAAUAUCUUUGCUCCAUUCUUCAGGUGAAAAGACUCCCAGGGUAGAUUACAGAUCAAUAAAAAGUAAUACUGUGUUGCCUGAGGUCAGAGGCUAUCUCAAAGGCAGGACACGAAAGGAAAAGGAGCAGAGAAAGAAAAGGGAGGAAACUCUGGCGCUAGUUAAUAAAGUUCUUAUAACAGUGGAGAGGGAAAGGGUUUGGUGCACAGGUGGGGAGACUGCUAUCCUCUGGAUGUUGUUGGACUCCAACUCCCAUCAGCCCUGGCCAGCAUGGCCAGGGGUUGCUGGGAACUGUAGUUCACCGUCAUCUGGAGGUCCUCAGGUGCCCCAUUGCUGGUCUGGAGAGAGAGGGGGAUCCAAAUGUUUUUGGUUUCAGCUGAGCCCAUGAAGUGGCCCUGCUUCCCAUCUCUCCCUCAGCUGCAGCCUGAUAAAUCCAUGUUGUAUGGAGGGCCUUCUCGGUAGUGGCGCCCGCCCUGUGGAACGCCCUCCCAUCAGAUGUCAAAGAGAUAAACAACUACCUGACAUUCAGAAGAUAUCUUAAGGCAGCCCUGUUCAGGGAAAUUUUUAAUGUGUGACAUUUUAGUGUAUUUUUGGUCUCUGUGGAAGCCAUCCAGAGUGGCUGGGGAAACCCAGCCAGAUGGAUGGGGUACAAAUAAUAAAUUAUUAUUAUUGUAUGAUGUGCCCAUGACUACUAAGUCUUCCUCUGGAAAACGAAGCAAGUUUUUCCAGGCAAAAAGGCAACUCAAGCUCUGCUUUCAAGCAGAGUUUGGGGCUCUACAGUACUCAUUUUGAUCCACAUUUAGGGGAUCUGAACAUUUAGAAAUUAGCUGGCAAGUAACCUUUUGUGUUCCAAAUAAUUUCUGGUAGCUGUAAGAUAAGUGUUGAGCUAAACCGAAGUGAAAGGAAGCUUCAGCCUUGCCCUGUUCACUAGGCCUCAGUGAUUAAGAUUAGCCAUUGCAAAUGUCCCACAGGAGGAAUAAAACAUCUGUGGAUUUAUUUCCCAUCAGCCCCAGCAAGUGGGGCUGGUGGUCAGUGGGAGUUGCAGCACAACAAUAUCUGAAGGGUCGUAUCUUCCCCAGUCCUGCAUCUAAUGGCCUUUACCACUUGACCCAUGAUGCAGCUAUGGUCUUGUUUACAGAUGGUUGACUUAGAAACCAUGGCAAGUUAUUUGUACCUACAGCUUCCAGUCAUGUUUUCCAGAAGCCAGAGCUUCUCUUCUUAACACCAAUUUCUUAAGCCCCACUCCUGUCAAAAGACUUUGCGAUCUUCCCUGUUGGUAGUAAAAUGAAUGUGCUCACACACAGCUGUUUGCAAGGUGAGAGACUGGGCUUCUUUGCUUCCAGCUUUUGGUUUUUGUUUCUGUGUAAACAAAUGAGCUUUCCCUCCCCUGCUAGCUGAGCGGGCCUUGGAUACCAUGAAUUUUGAAGUGAUAAAAGGCCGACCCAUUCGCAUCAUGUGGUCCCAACGGGACCCAGGACUCAGGAAAUCAGGCGUUGGGAACAUCUUCAUCAAGAACCUGGACGAUUCCAUUGAUAACAAAGCUUUGUAUGAUACAUUCUCAGCCUUUGGAAAUAUCCUUUCUUGCAAGGUAGCUAUGUCACUGGCAGAAAUAACAUCACCUGAUCUGCUUUGAGCAUUCUAGUAUAUGUGUUGUCUAUCAUUCCUUUUAUCCUGAUCUAUUCAAUUUUUGACCAGUGGUUUCUAAGCAGUCUGGCUUCACUUUUGUGUAAUAACAUUUGGUGGGUGGUAAUUUAAAAUUCAAAACAAUCUUGAGGUAGCCUCUAGGCAAAACACUUUGGGCAAUUUCCCACCCCCUCUAGCAUCACAAUGGUUCCUUGAAUCUCAGAACUUCUCUGCUGAUCCAAAGAAACAGCACUUCAGUACUGAGAGAGACCUCAUUGAAUUAGACACCAACCCCAUUCCGAUUUUCUUCAAGUUCUUUUCUCUCUCUGUUUGAAACCAAGGUUUUUACUCAUUGCUGAUGGGCCCCAUUGAUUAGGGUUACACCAAAAUGUGUCUGUGACUCAGGGUCACUGUUUAGGGGGGCUUUGUAACCACUGAGCAGAUAUACAUGUAAACUGGGGGGAAAUCAAGGGCCCAUCUUUUUCGUUUUCAGUUGUAUGACUUCCUUUAUUUCUCUUCCCUCAUACCCACCCAUGUCUUAAUAGGUUGUGUGUGAUGAGAAUGGAUCCCGAGGUUACGGCUUUGUCCAUUUUGAGACCCACGAGGCAGCAAACAGAGCAAUUGACACGAUGAAUGGAAUGCUCCUCAAUGACCGUAAGGUGUAAGUGGAAGCUGGGGUUGGGAGCUAGGGUGCAGGUAUGGGUGAAGUGGGUGACUGCGAGAUCAAAUGUUGUUGACUCUCUUAAUAUGUUAGAUGCAUUGCACACAUAAAUAAAUAACAAAGCCCCUCCUAUGCAGAACACAAUUUAGAAUAAGGGUUUAAGCACAAAGGAAAACCAAGGUUAGUAAAAGGUGCAACAAAUUUCCUUGGAAACAUGUAUCAAAUGAUAGAAUAACAAGAAUAUUUGUAAGUAAAUGCAAGUAUCCAAUAUUUUAUGGCAUGUUUAGCAUGCAAAACAGUCCAUAAGGUCACUAAUACGUUUCCCCUGUGAGUAUAGAAAAUGUGCAUUUCCAGCAGCAAUACAGUUGGCCGGAAGAGCAACAGCUCAUCCAGACUUCUGCUUGUCCCAUCACUUAUCCUCCCAGGAAAACCUGCUCUUUCACACUGAAUUGGAGCAUGCGUCAACUGGGUUUUCCUUGGAUUGAUGUUUGCUCCAAUUCAGCACUAAAGAGCUGGUUUUCCUGGGGCAAGUCGUGGGGGAAACAAAAAACCACUCAGACCUGUAUUUGGAAAGGACAAGUAGGAAACCACUUGGAACCAUGCUUUCUAGGCAUGGGACGAGCGAAGGGGGGGGGACGACGAGCCCUCACUGUUUCAUGUGCUCUAUAAAUCCUUUGUCUAGAAGAUGCCUUGCCAAUUCACAGUUUUCUCUACACUGCCUUAAGAAGAGCAGUGGUUACAGCUGAAAUCCACCCUGCGAGGUUGAUGCAAAAUACAGGUACGAGCAAUGUUAUCACUGCUCAAGCAUCAGGCUCUCCUAGCUUAAAGGUCUCUAGAGCUACACCAAACAGAGAUAAUCCUGCCUCUCUCCUCAUGACGGCGUCUCCUGAGCACUGACAAGGCAAAAUUUGGCACUUGUGGCUUUAUUAGAGCAUGGUGAUCUAUAAAGCUGUCUCAGUUCAUGCCUACUUAAUAUAGCUUGGGAGGUUUCCCUGACCUUGUUGCAUGGCACACACAAUGCAUUUAAAAAAGUGGCUUCACCGUUUGCCCGUUUACAGGUUUGUUGGCCAUUUUAAAUCUCGACGAGAGCGGGAAGCAGAAUAUGGCGCCAAGGCAAUGGAAUUCACCAAUGUCUACAUCAAGAACUUUGGGGAUGACAUGCAUGAUGAGCGACUACAGGAAAUAUUCUCAAAAUUUGGUAAAUGCGGCACUUUGAAGUAUACUGACUGGCAGGGAAGUUUCAGCCUGUGAGCCUAAUUAGGCCUGCCAGACCUCAGAGAUAGGGCUGCCACACUAUUUUGGGUGAGCCUGUUUCCUGAGCCUGGUGUCAUAUACGACGCAAAGUGCACCUUUUGCAAAUCUGCUCCAGAAGAUCGGGGAAUGCUUUGAAUGGGGUUGUGCAAGCAGGGGAGAGGAGAGGGAGAGGGAGAGGGAGAGGGAGAGGGAGAGGGAGAGAAUGUUCUGUUGCACAAGGAAAAAUCCUUGACCUGAUGGAACGUUCGCCUUUAUGUCAGAUUCUACCCAUACAUAAUAAGAGAUUGUGGGUAAGAUCCAUUUUUUUGUGAGUGGACGUCUCCUUCAUCUUCCCACUACAUUUCCUGCAUCCUCCCAAAUCUGCUCCCGAGAAUCCCUCAACCCCCCAGGACAGAUUUUGGAGGCAUGGAUGAGGGGGAAUCCAUUCCGUCAACUGGAUCUCUUCUGCUGGCAGACAGGCAAAACUGUUCUGUUGCGCUGGUGGACAGGCACCACUGGAAUUCACCCAACAGCUCCAAGUGCAUGGCACCAAUGUAAGUCUAUUGUAACUUGUGGCUCCAGCAAUGUCACACUGUCUUAAACUUUCUUGUUCUACUUUCCAGGAAAGACGUUGAGUGUCAAGGUGAUGAUGGAUAAUGCAGGCCAUUCGAAAGGGUUUGGGUUUGUCAACUUUGAGAAGCAUGAAGAUGCUCAGAAGGCAAGAUGGUCUUUGAUCUAUUUGUCUGUGCCCGAUGCUUGCUUGUUCCUGUUCCAGUGAAUGUAGCUGUCGAGAUGGAGCUGAAGACUUGUUGGUGGGAGAAAGACCUGACUUGGAUGUGUGUGCACCUAAAGGAGUAAAUGGGCUUUCUCCACCAGGGACCUCCCUGUUUUGCGAUCAUAAAGUUGGAGGAGGCCGUUUAGUGUGGGAAGUCCCAGAGCUAAAGCAACCCCAACAGAUGGCUGCAUAUAGCUUCUGCUUAAAGACCUCUCACAAAGGAGAGUCUAUCCAGUUGCUUUGAUUAUUGGUUCCAUUGCUAAACUGAUUUUACCAGCAAGAACUGUCUCCUAACAUUCGAGUGAGAUGCAGCCGCUGGUGCAGCAGAGGAAAUGAAAUCUUGUCACAUUCACAUCAUACAUUUAAAGGCUUUCCCACAAAUAAUAUUGGGAACUGUGAUUUGUUAAGGGUGCUGGGAAUUGUAGCUCUAUGAUGGAUAAACUAUAGUUUCCAAGAUUCUUUGGGGAAGCCAUACCUGUGAAAGUGGUGUAAUUGUGCUUUAAAUAUAUGGUGGGGACUGCUGAAUCUGUCCUCUUUUGGGUGACAGCUCUUCCAGUAUUUGAUGAGUGCAUAUGAAUCUCUCUCAUGUUCGCUAUGAAUGCAUGAUGGCUACAGAACCAACUAAAUUGCUCUUGGUGGGGGGUAGGGGGAUUUCAUUGCUUCGGAUAGCUCAGAAGCGAAGGCUUUGCAAAGUUCAUUACAAAAUUAAAUCAGAGCAAAGGGCAUCUUUCUGCAAGACGGAUGUGUGGUCCAUUGAGGGGUGGAGUUAGUCGUGGGACUUCUUCCUAUGCACAACCCUCUAUGUUAACACCUGGUCUCCUGGCAGGCUGUUGAAGACAUGAAUGGGACGGAGAUCAAUGGGCGAAUGGUGUAUGUUGGCCGAGCUCAGAAGAGGAUGGAACGUCAGAGUGAACUGAAGCGCAAAUUUGAGCAGAUCAAGCAGGAGAGAGUAAACAGAUACCAGGUAAUGCUAAGUGACAAUGAGGUCAUCAGGUGUGGCAAGGUACACUUUUUUUAAAAAAUGCAACACACCUGCUGACUUUCGAAAUCUCAAAUGCUGUGGUUGCUCUCCAAUAUAAAUAUUUAUUUAUUUGUUUUCAGGCAUCGUUUCUAUUACUGCUACUAAUAAAUUUAUUACCCACCAUUCACCAGCAGAAGGAUUACAGCAAUUUAAAAUCCAGUACCCAAAACUGUGGAAACAAAUUUCAGCCUGUAAUUGUAUGUCCCCCUUGGUCUACAAUAAAAUAAUGUAAGGUUAAAAUAGGAAAGAUCCCAAAUUCAGUAAACUAAAAGCGGUAAAACAAUUUCCAGGAUUGAGCCAUUAUUAUUCCGUAAAGUAACUGGGCCAUGUAGAGGAAAUCCACAUUUCUCAGUCCUGCUUCACUGAGAGCUAGUGAAGGAUAAGCAGCUUACCAGGUCAGGUCAUUUGUUAGGCCAUUUCAUGUCUACUCUUGACUGGCAAUGGUUCUCUACGGUUUCAAGGGCCUCGGGCUUUUGCCGUCGCCUGCUACUCCCUGAUUCCUCUAAUGGCAGAUGCCAGGAAUUGAACCUGAAGGCCCCUUCAUGGAAAGCAUGUGCUGUGUUGAUGAGUUGUGGUCCUUUCUUGAGGCACAGGUCACCUGCAAUGACAGCGCAUGGUAAUGGUUCCUGUUUGUGGCAAGGGAUGAAAUUUGUUGGGUUUUAUCUCGAUGCCUUUUAAAAAAAAAAAUCAAUGAAAAUAAGGCUGGUUUGCUUAUCCUGAGAGUUUUGGUAACACAGAUGCAUCCUUGAGGUAAAAACUUUGGAGGGUGCCUCCAGACAAUCUCUAUUUUGUUUGUGGGAUUCAAGCACAUACAGUGAUACCUCGGGUUACAGACACUUCAGGUUACAUACGCUUCAGAUUACAGACUCCACUAACCCAGAAAUAUUGCCUCAGGUUAAGAACUUUGCUUCAGGAUGAGAACAGAAAUUGUGCUCUGGUGGUGCAGUGGCAGCGGGAGGCCCCAUUAGCUAAAGUGGUGCUUCAGGUUAAGAACAGUUUCAGGUUAAGAACGGACCUCCAGAACAAAUUAAGUACUUAACCCGAGGUACCACUGUAAUGGGAAUUUAGGAUUGUGCAAUUAAAGCAGAUUAAAGGGCUCUGUCGCCUGAGCACAGCAAAUUCAGAUGAAGUUCAUUGAGAGAAAGCGCAAUAACGCUAUAAAACACUACACAGGUGAUGGGUAGUAACAAUUUAGCGCUAUUCCCUCUUACAGGAAUCUGACCUUUACAUAAGCUGUAGUGUAUGUUGUAUUGAUGUGUUGGUAGUGUUAGAAACUGAGAUAUGAAAGCUAGGAGCUAAAUGGCACCUUAAACCUAGGUUAUGGGUGCAACAAUGGAAUGUCUGGGCAUGUGUUUUAAUAACAAGAAUACAAAGCAAGAAUGAAUGAACGGCAGCUAAAAUAUUAUGUCCAUUUUUCACAUGGUAUAGUCCUUCCCCUGCCCACCCCCCUAAUCUUAAGAGGGUCUCUUCUCCAGUCUUCAGAGUAGCUGGAAGUGGGGAGGCAGAAAAAGGUCCUCCUUUCCUCCUACUCUGCAGUUUUAAUCUGAAAUCUUAGGUGCAGUACAGCACCCAGAACUCAGAAACUGCUCACGCUAAUUAAAUUCCCUGUCACAAAAUGCACCCAGAACAAUGGGAGUUUUGAAUGCUGGGUGUUGGUGUGGAUGGCAUUUGGUUCCCUUCCAGCCUUAUGAUUGUUGGAAACAUUAUUUUUUGUGCAUAUUUAAAAAUGGAAAGCUGCGGCAUAAAUGUUACAUAAAAAAUAUUAUGAACACAUGGGAAAGUGUCUGUGCUUUUUGCUCCUAGGGUGUAAACUUGUAUGUAAAGAAUCUGGAUGAUGGGAUUGAUGAUGAACGGCUGAGGAACGAAUUUUCUCCUUAUGGAACUAUCACUAGUGCCAAGGUAAGAUCUAUGGUGGGUAUUCAAUGUUGACCUAUGUUGAACUUUCCAUCCACUCAAACAUGUCAGCUUCUCAGAUGGAACAACCCUCCCCCCAAUGUUUUAGGGCGUUCUCCCUGCCCCAAGCCAAUUUCAGGGGGCACAGGGGAAAGGGAAAAGCCCCACUGCACAAGUGGAAGACCUUGUGCAAGUCUGUCACUGAUGGGACUCAUUAGGUGAAUCCUGCCCCUUAUGUUUGUAAACAAGUAUCUUCUGUCUGUGAAACUUUCAUUCAGACCAUAGGCAAGGACUCAUGUGAUUGAUUGCUCCUUCCAUAUUUCUCCUUAAAAAAUCAAAACACAAAAACACUAGGCUGUUGUUGGUUUUUAACAUGCAGGGAUUUGGGGGUGGGGAUAUGGAAGGAGAAAUUGCAUGAGCCUCCCACCUACAGUCUGAAAACAAGGUAGUCCAGAAAGCAGUACAGUUUUGCUGCCUCGUCUGCUGUUUUGAGACUGAAAUUGCCACUGGGAUAAUCCAGUGAUCUGCCCCUAUCCACUCCUUGCCUUCUCUGCAAUGAUUCCAUCUGGAAUUCUGGCUACUGGACUACUUUCAUCUAGUCCUUCAAAAAACUAUAGUGCUCACAGAAGCAAGGCAACCAAGGCAGUGAGGCAUGGCUGUGGGCAUAGCUGUCAACCUUCCCUUUUUUGUGGGAAAUUCCUUUAUUCUAGCGCCAUUUCCCGCUGCUUCCCACUGCUAUCCCAGAUUGUUAGAUAUCCCGUAGACUGUCCCCGGGACAGGUGAGGCUGCUGAUCCCUUAUUUUUGAGGCUGCUGAUCCCUUAUUUUCAAAUCUGAAAGUUGACAGCUAUGGCUGUGGGACUGCUGACAGAGUUAUUAGGAACUCUGCAAGCCCCCAGUCUGGGAGGUGUGGAGGCUACUGUGUGCAAAAUCCAACUAAAUAUAUCCACCAGCACAUUGAUGUUUAGCUGCCCAAAGGUACUUCUCCUCCCUUUCUUCUCCCUAAGCCUAUUUCCGGGGGUGGGGAUCCCCAAACUCUCUAGAGCAGAUUUGGUGCGGGUGCAUCUACAAGCCUAUUUAGUUAGGAGACCAUCCAUGAAAUUUUGAAAUUACCAGUCAACACUACAUUUAGUUAUGAUGGUUUGCUUGAAGGUGUGUGCCGCUAUGUCUCCCCUGCUGCUAUGGCAGGUUACAAUGAAUGUUUAUUGUAAUAAUGGCCCAAUGCCUCCCCAUUUAGAGAAAACAAGGACUUUUAGUUGACCUUUGUUCCUAUUGAGUUUGGUGGGACUCAAGACCAGUUCACCCCAAUGAGUAUAUUUGUGUGUGUUAGGAAAAGGUGCCAAUUAUUCCACUCAUUUCGAUGUCCGUGUCUCUCUGCCUGUGUCUUCAGACUGCCGUUUGCCAUCCACUCAGUGGACUCAGUGUUUUAAUUUUCAAUUUUAGGUGAUGACAGAGGGUGGACACAGCAAAGGUUUUGGGUUUGUAUGUUUUUCAUCCCCAGAAGAGGCCACAAAGGCUGUGACUGAAAUGAACGGGAGGAUUGUCAGUGCCAAGCCUUUGUAUGUGGCCCUUGCUCAAAGGAAAGAGGAAAGGAAAGCCAUUCUCACCAACCAAUACAUGCAGAGACUAGCUACCAUGAGGGCCUUGCCUGGUCCAAUCCUCUGCUCCUACCCUCCGACAGGUUAUUUCCUGCCCUCCCUUCCACAGGUAAGAUUUGUAAAGAGGCUACUAUUACAGCUUACUUCUAUGAAACCCAUUGACUAGCACCAAUGGCAGACAAGAUGCUAUUGCACUGCAACUUAAUGCACUUUGCAAACCCAUUGCAUUCCAAUCGAACUGCCAUAUUGGGAGAACACAGGAUGCAUGUAUAAAAAUGGCUUUCACAGAUCAAACACCAUAAGAAGAACUUUUUAUAUCUCUGCCUACAUCACCACAAAAUAAAUAAAUAAAUCUUGCAAUAGAGUCCAUGUGUUCAGCUGCAAGUUGUCCAAGCCAAAGCGGUCAUGGCUUUCCCCACAAAAUCCUGGGAGCUGCAGUUUGUUAAGGAUGCGUAGAGUUGUUAGAAGAGCCUUAUUCCUCUCCCAGAGCUACAAUUCUCAGAGUGGUUUAGCAACCAAUCCCUCUUCACAGGGAACUCUGCAGGUCCCAGAAUCCUUAGGAGGAAAGGAUGUGAAAAGAGAAACAGGGUCUGUAGCUCAAGUUUCCCUUGGGUGGCCUGGAGGAAAGGUCAACCUGGAAGACCUUGUAGGUUUCAGCCCAGCAAAGUCUGGGCCUUCUUUCUUCUCAGAUGUACAUUUAAGAGAUGUUUUCCUUGUCAUUUCCUCCCUCAGGCAUUGAAGGAGAACAUGAGCCUGAGGCUUCCUGUGAGUUUAUUACAUAUAGUGCCAAACUAUGGUUUAGUGUGGUGCUGUGGGUUAAACCACAGAGCCUAGGACUUGCCGAUCAGAAGGUCGGCAGUUCGAAUCCCUGCGACGGGGUGAGCUCCCAUUGCUCAGUCCCUGCUCCUACCAACCUAGCAGUCUGAAAGCACGUCAAAGUGCAAGUAGAUAAAUAGGUACCGCUCCAGAGGGAAGGUAAAUGGCGUUUCCAUGCACUGCUCUGGUUUGCCAGAAGCGGCUUAGUCAUGCUGGCCACAUGACCCGCAAGCUGUACGCCGGCUCCCUUGGCCAAUAAAGCGAGAUGAGCGCCGCAACCCCAGUCAGUCACGACUGGACCUAAUGGUCAGGUGUCUUUACCUUUACCUAGCUGUUCUCCUAAUCUGCCUCAAGUCAUUCUCAGGUGAUGGUUCCUUCAAAGCUACACAAAAAGAACUGCCACAUACCUUUUCAAAUUCCAGGCUUGGUGCUUUUGUUAGUCCAAGCUGCCCCAGGGCUGAUGUGAGGACAGUAAUGUAUCUUCUUUCUUUGUUUCGUGGUCUUUUUUCUAGCCUCAAACCAGAACUACUUUCUACAGUCCUAGCCCUGUUGCCCAAGUCCGCCCUGUCUCCCGUUGGAAUAUGCAGCCCUCCAGGCCUCCCUGUGAGUUUGCUUGUUUGUUUUUUCAAAAAGGACUUGGUCAUCUGCAGAGCAUGUGGGUGAAGGUUGCACUUAGUAUGGAACUCCUACCAUGCUAUUGAUUGGUGUUGGGACCUCAGAAUUUUUGUGAAGUCAGCAUGCAAAUUCAGUAGAGCACAGGGCUGGGGACCUGAUGAUGCUGGACUCCAGCUCAUGGUCAGCGAUCAUGAGAGUUGGAGUCCAACAAUAGGUCGCAGGUCCCCAUCUCUGGGUUAGAGGAAUGUGUGGUGGUCUUAGUUCUCAUUACUGAAAGUAGACCCACAGACUAAGCAGAACUCUCUGUUAAGACACUAGGGGUGGUGUUCAAUUAAGUUCUGCUCAGAAUAGACCCAUUGGAAUUAAUGGACCUAACUUAGCCAUGUUCACUAAUUUAUUUAUUUAUUUAUUUUUAAAAAAUAUUUCAGGUUUAUACAUUUCACUAAUUUUACAAUCAUUUUAACAUUUCAAAACUUGACUUCCUUCCCCUUCUUUCUGCGGUUCUUUAAAUUUAUUUUUAAUAUCUUCUGCAUAUCCAAAUUAACUUAAAUUUGCUCAUUUAUUCAAGAAACCAUUUCCAUUCUUUAAUAAAAAGUUGGUUAUCUUGAUUUCUUAUUCUUCCAUGUUCACUAAUUUAUGUGGAUAAAACGUCUCUGAAUGCCACCCGCUUCUUAUGCCUCCAAAUUCUGAUGAAAGCAUUCAAUGUUUUUAGCAUCCUAUCACCCAGCCAGCCCGGUCCUGAGAACUAGUGCACCUCCCAGGCGCCCGCUGUCCAACAUCAGCACCAUGAGACAAGCGUCCACGCAGGCUCCCAGGGUAUCUCCCAAUGCCCAGAGAGUGGGUAAGUUAGGAAAUGUUGAUGGUUCAUCAUCAAACGGAACAGUGUGUGCCUGUGUGCUUAGAUGCAGGUGGCAAUUAUUUUAUGCAUAAUCCAGUUUGGGGGAACCUGUCACAGUGUAGCAUUACCAGGAAAUGGAACCUGUGGCAGGGUGAUGGCAAUAAGGGUAGGCUGAGUGGGAGCUAUUCAGUUCUAUGGGCUCCCAUGGCAAUUAAGAGAUUAGGUACACAAGUUGCUCUUACCAUGCCUCCUCCAGACCUCGGUGCUGAGGUCCAGCACCGAGGGCCUUCUGGCGGUUCCCUCAGUGCGAGAAGCCAAGUUACAGGGAACCAAGCAGAGGGCCUUCUCGGUAGUGGCGCCCUCCCUGUGGAACACCCUCCCACCAGAUGUCAAAGAGAACAACAACUACCAGACUUUUAGAAGACAUCUGAAGGCAGCCCUCUUUAGGGAAGCUUUUAAUGUUUGAUGUAUUACAGUAUUUUAAUGUUUUUUUGGAAGCCGCCCAGAGUGGCUGGGGAAGCCCAGCCAGAUGGGCGGGGUAUAAAUAAUAAAUUAUUAUUAUUAUUAUUAUUAUUAUUAUUAUUAUUAAAUAAAAGGAUUAUCAGGAGCUGGUGUGGGGUUUAGCCUUUGCUUCAAUGGCAUCUGCGGGUUCAUCCUUUUGCUUGCUAUGUAUACAUGAAAGGAGUGUUUUAUUACCGUAAGAAUUGGACCACCCAAUUGUGCUGACGUUGCAGUGGAGAUUUUGAGAGGACUUCUCAGAUUUAUUUGUUGCGGGCUGUGGAUUGCAGCUGAGAACCGCCAUCUUCCUCUCCCCGCCUUCUGCACCAUUUUGGGAAGCCUGCUUUUAAAAAGGCUUCUGCAAAGGGUGUGUGGCAUUAACGAUGGGAUACGUCACCUCUCCUCUCUCUGUACCCUUCCAAAUUGUUCCUCUUCUCAUUUCAGCCAACAUAGGAACCCAGACUAUCAGCACUCGGGCAUCCUCCUCAACAGCCCUACCACGUGGCGUUUCCCAGUACAAGUACUCUUCGGCCGUGAGGAAUGCCCAGCCACUGGGCACCAUGGCACCUCUGCCAAUGCACCAGGUAACUCGCCUUCAGUUGUGGAACAAAGGAUAUUGUAUAGACCAUGUUUUCCUCCCUCCACUCCUUAAUGUGGAAGAUUUUUGUGAUCAUGCCAUUAACAUAGGCUGUGUACACACCAUACAUUUAAAGCUCCACGUCCCCCCCCCCGCAAAAAUCCUGGGAACUGUAGAAUAAGGGUGCUGGGAAUUAUAGCUCUGUAAAGGGAUAAACUGCAGUUCCCUGGAUUCUCUGUGUGUGUGUCAUGUGUUUUUUUAAGUGUGCUUUCAAUGUAUGUUGUGCACGCAGCCUUUAGAGUUUGGGCUUGUAGCGUGUUCUAGUUUUUGGCGUUUAAUUGGUCUGGAUUAAAGUAAAGGUAAAGGGACCCCUGACCAUUAGGUCCAGUCAUGACCGACUCUGGAGUUGCGGCGCUCAUCUUGCUUUAUUGGCCGAGGGAGCCGGCGUACAGCUUCCGGGUCAUGUGACCAGCAUGACUAAGCCACUUCUGGCGAACCAGAGCAGCGCACGGAAACGCCGUUUACCUUCCCACCGGAGCGGUACCUAUUUAUAUACUUGCACUUUGACGUACUUUAGAACUGCUAGGUUGGCAGGAGCAGGGACCGAGCAACGGGAGCUUACCCUGUCACGGGGAUUCGAACUGCCGACCUUAUGAUCAGCAAGUCCUAGGCUCUGUGGUUUAACCCACAGCGCCACCUGCAUCCCUCCUAGGUCUGGAUUAGUGGUUCCCAAAGUGGAACAGACCAACCAAAGAUCACACAGGUCCCCGUCUUUGAUUUAGAGGAAUGUGUGGUGGCCUAAGUCUGUGGGUCUACUUUCAGUAAAAAGAACUAAGCAGAACUCUCUGCUAAGUCACUUUGGGGGAGGGUUCAAUUCAGUUCUGCUCACAGUAGACCCAUUGGAAUUAAUGGACCUAACUUAGUCACGUGCGUUGAUUUCAGUGGGUAAAAUUUGGCUGAACGCCACCCUCUUCUCAUUUCUCCAGCUUCUCCUGAUGAAAGUGUUCCUUGGGGGGUGAGGUCCAAUCACUGGAGGGUUGCAGUGCCUGCUGUGGCUAUAGAGACUGAUGUGGGAGAGACAUGUUUUGUUGCAGCUGGGGCAGAUGAAGGCAUCCGGCUGUGCUGCAGCUGAUGCACUGUGGUGUUUCUUCUCUCUGAGCUCCUCCCAGUGGUCAUUCCUCCUCUGGUCACAGCUGUGGAUACGUGACCUGUCUCCAGACACUGUUGACCAGCAGUUAGGGAAGAUGGGAGUUGCAGCCCCAAGAGCAGCUGGUUCCUCUUCCCUACUUUAGGGAGCUUCAGAUGGUGCAGGAAGAGGAGUUGCUGCCAUCAGAAUCCGCCUCCCCCUCCAGGGUGUCAUUCAGGAACUCACACGAGGACCAUGCUAUUAUUGUUGUCUUCUGUUUAUUGGCCUGCAGGUUGUAGAACCGGCUGUCCGUGUCCAUGGACAGGAGCCCCUCACAGCAUCCAUGUUGGCUGCAGCCCCUCCUCAGGAGCAGAAGCAAAUGCUUGGUGAGUUGCGGUGCGUCGUCCUCCUUCAUUGGCAGCUUGCCCUUCUCAGGCGCCCUGUUCAGCUAGCUAGCUAUGUCUCUAGGCAAGAGUUUGAACCUUAAACUUAAAGGUGCUGCUCUGUAGCUUGGAAACUGUUUUUAGCUUCCCCCGAAUAUGCAGGAUCCGGCCGUAGUUAUUCAGUGCUGCUGGCAAUGCAUUCUGCUCAGCUGGUAGAGCAUGAGACUCUUAAUCUCAGGGUUGUGGGUAUGAGUCCCACAUUAGGAAAACACUACCCAAAACUGUGAUGAACAAACUGGGAGACGGUUUUCUUUUCACUGCCUUUUGUGGUUCUAUUGGCUUGAGAUUUCAUUGCAGGCCUUGCUUAGUUUCAUAGGCUUUUCACAGAUCAACACCAUAUAUUUAAAGCACAUUAAAAGCACGUUUAAAGCAUAUGAUUUCCCUCCCCCCAAGUUUCCUGGGAGUGGUAGUUUAAGGGUGCUGUGAAUUGUAGCUCUGGGAACAGUAGUUCUAUUAGUUUGUAUAGUUUGAUUUGAUUUUGUUUGUGUAUUUCUGCCCCGAGACCUUUGCUUUAAAUAAAGAAACAUUUAGAACUUUCAAAUGGGAGACUAGAAUGAACACUGGAAAGGACGUUUGCUGAUUGGUAUAAUUACAACCUAACAUUGCAGAAGGGUCUUGGCUAGGGGAAGGGAUGCUGCAGGAUAGUACAGUGGUACCUCGGGUUACAUACGCUUCAGGUUACAGACUCCGCUAACCCAGAUAUAGUGCUUCAGGUUAAGAACUUUGCUUCAGGAUGAGAACAGAAAUUGUGCUCCAGUGGCACGGCGGCAGCAGGAGGCCCCAUUAGCUAAAGUGGUGCUUCAGGUUAAGAACAGUUUCAGGUUAGGUACGGACCUCCGGAACGAAUUAAGUACUUAACCUGAGGUACCACUGUACAUUUCCCAUCAGCCCCAGCCAUCACAGCCAUAGGUUGGGAAAGACUAGGCCUCACUUUUGGACCUCUGGCUAAAGGAGAUGUAAUAUUCCCUAUAAUCUACCUGAUCUUCCUAUUUCUAGAUUUAACCCGAGGUACCACUGUAUAUUCAGUAUCCUUUCCAUUCUGCUUCUGAAAAGCAAUUAUCUCAGCAGUGCUAGCAGACUAUAGUAUGAAAGCAAGCUUGGCUGGUUGGAUGGAUCUAGGAACCACGACACUUCAGCUGGAGCCCUGCUUUAAGGGACUGGCUACCCAGCCCGAGCCCUGUCAAUCUCAGCUUUUCUCCCUAGCAGCUGUUGUGGGUCUGGCAGCAGGGAUCUCCGGACAUGAUCAGGAAUCAUGAGUAGCAGCUCUUUUCCUGCUGACCGGGCAGCUGCUGCUCUCCUCCACAUGAUCUGAUGAGGCUGAGCUGUGUGCCAACUGCAUUUGAACGGAGAGUUUCUUAGAUUACUAACAGCCGGACUGCACGGGCUCUUCCUGUGCUGCCACCUGCUUUGGGUAUUUGGGUAUGCUUUGGGCAUACCCUUCCUUUCCUGCCCCCAUAAGUGUACAUAAGGAAAGAAUUUUUCCUGGAGGGAUUUUCCUUUUCAAAGCACACAACACCUCACUGUGCAAGCAGAAAUUCCUGCUCUUAUAUAUAUAUAAGUAUAUACUAACCAGUAUAUACUAACCAAAGAAUGGUUACAGUGGUGAUGGGUUGAAGGAGUUUAUUUCCGUGUUCUCUCCUUCCCUCUCUCUCUCUCGUUCCUGAAAGGUAAAUCUUACUCCUUGCUCAGUUGCAACAAAAAAGGCCAAACUGGCCAGUGUGAAGCAUGGCGUGAGUACAGAGUGCUGGAAUUAGAGAUGGGUCAUUCUGUUUCUGGUCUCUCUCACUUUCUCCCGUGUUCACAAAAUCCACCAUUUCCCAUUUCAAUCUGCAGUUUUAAAAAACAAUGCUGUGGACUGGGAAUUUAACUGUACGCAGUUCCCUGUUUAGGGAAGUUUUUAAUAUUUAAUGCUGCAUUGUUUUUAACACUCGAUUGGAAGCCGCCCAGAGUGGCUGGGGAAACUCAGCCAGAUGGGCGGGGUAUAAAUAAUAAAUUAUAUUAUUAUUAUCAUUAAAUGCAUCACUGCCAAUCUUAUUCGGCAUUUGUUCUGUUUCGUUUAAAUAAUAAGCAGAAGAAAUCCUGGUUCUCAACAGGUCCACAUUACAUGGGCAAAUAAUUUAUCCAGCUCUGCAAAAAUCAUACCCCUUGCAAUACAAUUAGAGAUUUUUUUGAGGGGGACGGGACGACUCCCAUUGGUGCCACAAUGACGCAUUGCUGUUUCUCCAAGCAGUGGUUUGUGCAGUGACCUUACACAAGCUGAGCAUUCGCUGUCGCAUGAAGAUGCCCUCCUCUCUGCUUUUUGUUUGCACAGCCAAAUCAUUGACAUGUGUAUAGGGCUGUGGAGUUGCCUAUGCAAAUGUGUAGCACUUAAAAGAAAAAUAAUGUAUGAAGUCUGACUUGGAACGGGCAGUCAAAUCUCAGUGUCAACAAUGGGUGCAUCGUCCACCGCAGCUGAGGGCAGCAGAUUAGCUUAGGGGGUGAAGAGCAGGCUAUGUGCCCCACAGAGCUCUGUCUUUCCCUACCUUGUUGCUACUCCAUGCCCCUCCAGUGUUUGCCGCCUGAGGCAGACACCGCACACUGCUUAAUGGUAGGGCCAGGCCUGCAUGCAGUCAUUUAAGGAGAAAGUCUUUUACAAUGCCUGCAGCAGCAGCUUGAAAACAGGGAGGAUAAUAAAGAGGUGUAUCUGAAUUUGCUUUCUCUUAAGGCAGUCUUUCCUGGUAGAUGUUUCCUUUGGGGGGGGGGUACCUGCUAGAUGGCAAUGGAUGUUAGUACCCUUAUACAUCCAGUUAAAUUCCUGUAAUCUUUUCAAGUGCUUUAUUCUUUGGAUAUCCAUGUACAAUUUGUUUACCUCUUCUGCCUGCUCUCUUGCAACUCUGGGCCUCACCAGAACUUUUUAAAAUGGUUUUUCAUGGGAGAACUGAAGCAUUCCGACUCCCCAGUGUUCCUCCUGGGCCACCAUUACCCCUAAGCUUAAAAAAUGGAAUGGGGCCAGCUCCAUGGGGUUUUCCCACUCUGAAUGAUGCAUGCUUCUGUCCCUUUUGCCUGUGCACAGGUGAACGCCUCUACCCUCUGAUUCACUCAUCACACCCCUCCAUGGCUGGGAAGAUCACAGGUAUGCUGCUGGAGAUAGAUAACUCUGAGUUGCUGCUGAUGCUGGAGUCUCCUGAAUCCCUCCACUCUAAGGUACUGGAAUUUCAUGCUAUAAAAUAAAAACCGCUAACUCUGCCAUUGCAAAUCCCCAAAUUUUGCAACUAAAAUAUAUUGUGCUGGUUUGAGUUUUAUCUGUAAAGUUUAUGAUAUGCAUACCUUCAGAAUACGAAGGGUUUCUCUUUUACAGAGCUUGGGUGGGGCUGUUUCCCCCCUCCAGAAGUAGGUGAUGGAGCAGGAGACUAUUGGGGAACUGAAAUGAUCCCUAAGAGCCGGGAGAUUUUGAAAGCCUGGUGGGAUAACUGAUAGUAAAAAGACUCCAGCUCUGACUACAAGCCUUCACACUGUUGCUUUUUCCCUUUCUGCCAUCCCCAGCUAAGUCCAUUUCUCACCUGGUUUGUACAUGUUUGUGUGUUCUAAUUAUUCCUGUUGCAUUUGCACCUUGAGCAAAUGUGGUGUAUGUUUGUGUAUGUAUCCCACACGGAAGCACAUUUCCUUGCUGAGAUUAAAAGCUACUUUUUUACAUUUAAAGUGGCAAUUCACUGUAAUGGUAUGUCCUGACUAGUUAGAGGAGAAAACAGAAAAGAUCACAUGACACAUCCUUAAUGUCUCUUUUGACAUGUGCGCUCUCUCUUGCUCUCUCUCUCUCUCUCUCUCUCUCUCUGUGUGUGUGUGUGUGUAUGCAGUGGUUUCUCCUCGUUUUGGCUGGUUUGCAAAGACUGCAUCUGCAGGCCUUUGAAUGAUCACCAUGUUAUGAGCCAUUCCAUUCUCAAUGCUAGAGGAGCUAUUUUUAAGCAGGUAGUGUUUCAGCUGCAUAGGCUUUCGAUGCAUGAAUAAUAAGGAGAUCCUUCCUGGAUCAGGCAAAUGGUCCAUCUGAUCCAAAAUACUGUUUUCCCAUAGUGAUGGCCACCCAGAAGCCAGGCAUACUGUUCCUCUCAUAUGACCUCUGAAAUGUGGAGGCUAAAAUGGAGAAGAUGGUGAAAUGCAAACAGGGGACAUAGAAAGGGCUGAACUCCUCAAUGCCUUCUUUGCCUCAGUCUUCUCCGAUAAAGAAAACAAUGCCCGACCUGAAGAAUUUGGAGCAAAUGAUUCAGCAGAGGAAACACAGCCCAGAAUAACUAAGGAGAUAAUACAAGAAUACUUGGCUAGUUUAGUUGUAUUCAAGUCUCCAGGGCCAGAUGAACUGCAUCCAAGAGUAUUAAAAGAACUGGCAGAUGUGAUCUCAGAACCACUGGCAGUCAUCUUUGAGAAUUCCUGGAGAACAGGCGAAGUCCCAGCAGACUGGAGGAGGGCAAAUGUUGUCCCUAUUUUCAAAAAGGGGAAAAGAGAGGACCCAAAUAAUUACCGCCCAGUCAGUCUGACAUCAAUACCAGGGAAGAUUCUGGAGCAGAUCAAGCUGGUAAAAUGCGGUCUUGACUAUGCUACCACUCAGUGGAUUUGUAACUGGCUGACUGACCAAACCCAAAGGGUGCUCAUCAAUGGUUCCUCUUCAUCCUGGAGAAGAGUGAUUAGUGGGGUGCCACAGGGUUCUGUCUUGGGCCCGGUCUUAUUCAACAUCUUUAUCAAUGACUUGGAUGAUGGACUCAAGGGCAUCCUGAUCAAAUUUGCAGAUGACACCAAACUGGGAGGGGUGGCUAACACCCCAGAGGGCAGGAUCACACUUCAAAACGACCUUGACAGAUUAGAGAACUGGGCAAAAACAAACAAGAUGAAUUUUAACAGGAAGAAAUGUAAAGUAUUGCACUUGGGCAAAAAAAAUGAGAAGCACAAAUACAAGAUGGGUGACACCUGGCUUGAGAGCAGUACAUGUGAAAAGGAUCUAGGAGUCUUGGUUGACCACAAACUUGACGUGAGCCAACAGUGUGACGCGGCAGCUAAAAAAGCCAAUGCAAUUCUGGGCUGCAUCAAUAGGAGUAUAGCAUCUAGAUCAAGGGAAGUAAUAGUGCCACUGUAUUCUGCUCUGGUCAGACCUCACCUGGAGUACUGUGUCCAGUUCUGGGCACCACAGUUCAAGGACACUGACAAACUGGAACGUGUCCAGAGGAGGGCAACCAAAAUGGUCAAAGGCCUGGAAACGAUGCCUUAUGAGGAACGGCUAAGGGAGCUGGGCAUGUUUAGCCUGGAGAAGAGGAGGUUAAGGGCUGAUAUGAUAGCCAUGUUCAAAUAUAUAAAAGGAUGUCACAUAGAGGAGGGAGAAAGGUUGUUUUCUGCUGCUCCAGAGAAGCGGACACGGAGCAAUGGAUCCAAACUACAAGAAAGAAGAUUCCACCUAAACAUUAGGAAGAACUUCCUGACAGUAAGAGCUGUUCGACAGUGGAAUUUGCUGCCAAGGAGUGUGGUGGAGUCUCCUUCUUUGGAGGUCUUUAAGCAGAGGCUUGACAACCAUAUGUCAGGAGUGCUCUGAUGGUGUUUCCUGCUUGGCAGGGGGUUGGACUCGAUGGCCCUUGUGGUCUCUUCCAACUCUAUGAUUCUAUGAUUCUACUAUUAAAUCCAGUGGCAGAUGGGGCUUGUCAACCUGGGAAGGUAGCGCAUCUAGGAGAAGCAAAACUCUCUAUCCUUAACCUUCAUUGCCAUGUGGGGUGUCUUCAGGAGAAGAAAACUCUAAGGAAUAAACUACACAAAUUUGGAGUGGGGUCCCUAAGACUGUUGGAUGGUGCCUUGUACGCCUCCUUCCGGCAACUCCUGCAGCCAAGCUGGUGCCAAGCGUAUUUCUCUGCAUUACUUUGGACCACAUCAGCGAGGUCGAGAGGGGGGUCUUGUCUUCUGGGCAGCCCAGGACCUCCAUACGCACUACCCAGGUUUAGCGCCCCUGGGAGGUCACUUCUGUGCUGCUAAUGCAGCAGUGUGACUUCAGCCCAAAGGCACACUCCAUUGGCUCUUGAGGCAGACCUGAUGCCAACAACUGCUAGUAAGUCCUCCAUGCAUUUGAUAAGAACAUUAUGUGUUACAACAAACUGAAGACAUGGAGAGUAUGCUUGGAUAAUGUUGGCAUUAAAAACAGAAUGGGGUGUGUGUGAAGGCUGAGUUGAAAAAUUAAAUCACCCUUUGAGAGCGUGUAUAACUGGAGGGUUGGGAGGGUGUUAUUAACUGCUUUCAGAUUCCGUAGGAAGUUUUCAAGAAACCAUUUAAUGCACAUUAAGGCAGUUGAGAAAGUUGUUUUUUUGAAAAGCGUAACUGCGUUAAUGUAUCUGUGUCAGAGAGUGGGUCUGGCAAGCUACUUGCUUGAGGGGGAGGGUGGGUUAUUGGUUUGAUUUUGCUCGUUUUUAUUAUGUAUUUUGGUUUUUUCUGUCUUGUAUUUUUAUGUUGUAAACUGCCCUGAGAUCUACAGGUGAAGGGUGGCAAAAAAGUUUAAGAAUAAGAAUAAGAACUACUGUAGCUCACAGGUUGGCCUUAGCCUUAUUGUUUGCAAGAACACUUUUCCUUCUGUGCAAUUCUUCACACUCGGGAAAAGAAACUGAGCUUCUUAGUCCUCAGAUGGCUACCUUCGACUGGUUUUGGGGAUGUCAUGAAAAGGCAGCAAAUUGCUAAUUGCCAAAUUUGCUAUUUUUUAUUUUUUACUAUCAGGAGGUGCUUCUGACGCUGAAACUCCCGUGACAGGCCAUGGUAUUAUUCGUCUGAAGUUGGGGUGGGCGGGAUGCCACUUGCUUUUCUGUUUCAGGCUGCAAAACAUCUUUGGCCAGACCUGGAUCAGAGAUAGCUAUUUCUCUUCUCUCCCCUACCUUCCACAUUGGUGUGAUGAAGAGUUCUCUGUAUUUCCAAAGCCUGCAUACUGCAAUUUUGGGUGCCAACUACGGUAGUUCCAAUGAAAGAGGGCAUUUUCGGUGGCUCUGCAUGAAAUUUGUUACUAUUCCUUGACUCAAGGAACUUCUACACUAAGAUUGUUCAGAAAAAUGAGCUUGCAAAGUCAGCCUUGGAACCACACGAAGAUGGAGCCAAUGGGCAAUGAAGAAUCAGAAAUGAAAAGAAUACAAGUCUUGCUGCACGAAUCUCCCUUGAUCUGUUAAGACAAAGCCCAGAAAGACUUUGGCACUCCAAAAUGGCAGUCUUAAUUGUCUGAAUGUACCUACAGAGAAAAAAAUGAGAGGCUUGGACCUCAGUGUGCGCGAUUCUUUAGAUCCUAAAGCAGCCAAGUGGCUUUAACACACCAUCCACAUCAAUUGCUUUGGAUGGAGAGCCUAUGGCUGUCCAGAUUUUGCUGAACUCCAAUUCUCCAGCUGACUCAGCCACCAGCAUGGCCCGGGGCCAAGGAUAAUGGGAGUUGUAGUCCUGCAACAUCUGACAGGCUACAGGCAUUCCACUUCUGCUUUUCAGGGAAGAGUAAUGCACCUAGGAUUGUUAAAGGGCCUCCAUGUUGAUUUGCCGAGUCUAUCUCAGUACAACUGGCUGUAAUAAAUGACUGUCUGAUCCUGGGCUUUGCUUUUGUUAGAUUGAGGAAGCUGUUGCUGUACUGCAAGUGCACCAGAUCUCUGAAGCAUCCCACAAGAGCAACUCGGCAGCAUUUCUUCAGUGACCAAGGUGGGUUGGUAAGGAGUGCACAGCGAUCAAGUGAGAAACUUGGUUUUGGCCAAAAUAUGUAAGCGGGAGGGAAGGAGAGCAGGCCCAAGCAUUGCAUUGGGGACCUGAUGCAAAUACAUGGUUCCAUGCUGAGAACUAACACAGAAGGACCUAUUCAUAUAAUGUCAUCUGCUUGGCAAGGUGAGGGACAAGUAGGAAAGUGUUGCAGUUGCAUGUGUGAAGCUGACACUUUCUGCUUCACUCCUUUUUAGGAUCCGAUUGGUACUGAUCAAAUGACUGCUUCGACUUGGCCUGUUGCUGCAACCGUCAUGUCUACCCUGCUUGUGCAGCAGCUUCAUUGUUACCAUAAAUUUGCUGCACGUGGUCUGGAUCUCACUCAGACUCAGUGCCCAGCCGUGGUCCCGAACUACUGUAGGCACAACCAGUGGAUUAUCAAUGGGCAAAUUGAGCUCCUCUUCCCAUUACAGUCAGGAUGGCUACAUGAAACUUCUCUGUGCAUUCUAAUUUAG